AAAAGCAGAGGAGCUAGCUGUCAUGGAAGUGGAAAAAUAAGGGGAAAUGUAAGCCUCUCUAUGACUAUAUAUAUGGCCUUAAAACGUCGCUCCCAUCGCUCUCACAACACAACACAACACACAAUUUUUGCAAGCUGAGCAAAAUUCAUAAAAUAUACUAAUAAUAAUUAACGAUCAGAGUAAUGGCGUCGAAGGUCGAGGUGGAGGUUGAGAUGAAAUCCGAUGUGGGAAAGGUUUGGGACAACAUAAGAGAAUCGACUGAGGUUUUCCCAAAGGCACUGUCUCAUCACUACAAGAGCAUUCAAGUUCUUGAAGGUGAUGGCAAAUCUGCUGGCUCUGUUCGUCUCGUUACAUAUCAACCAGGACUGCCGGAUAUUACUAAACCCGCAAAAGAGAAGAUCGAGAAAGUGGAUGAGGGGAACAAAAGCCUAAGCUACAGCGUUAUCGAAGGAGAUGUGUUGAAUUACUACAAAAACUUCAAGGCGGGCCUGAGCGUGGGCCCUAAGGGAGAAGGGAGCCUUGUUAAAUGGUGGUGCGAGUUUGAUAAGGCGAGUGAGGAAGUCCCCAGUCCGGAUCUCAUUAGGGACUUUGCAAUCAAGAAUUUCAAGGAUUUGGAUGCUUACAUUAUUGGAAAAAAUAAUCCUUGAAAAUAGUCGUGUCAUGGAUGUGUCUACAAUAAAAUAAAAUCUAUAUGAAUGUGGUAUUGAAUAAAAAGAACAACCUUUGAAUAGGUUUGUUUCUUCUUGUUCUUUUCGUUUUUGUAAUUUUUUUUUUCUUUUUUUUUUUUCUUCAGAUGGAAGUCUUGUGACUUCUAUAGAUAAGCGUGUUGAAGAUGGUCAUGGGACUUCAAUAAAGAUGUGCGUUAACUUGCUUGUUUGAUUUCGCUUUAUCCGUUACCAUCUUUAAGCCAUUCUCAUGGGAAUGUUUAGACAAGUGAUUGUUUAUCAAUUCAAAUAACUGC